AUGGACACGCAAAUGACACAAGGUGCCCAUGUAUGGGUCUUUAGUGGUCAAAAAUGGCUGCCAGCAACAGUAACACAAGUAGCCGGUGGGAUGAUAACACUCGAAACCAGCUAUGGCGAGGUUAUCACCGAAGCAGUAGUAGAUUGCAACCGAAAUAAACUCACCCAAAUGCAUAGUAGUAGCGUUGAUGGCGUCGAUGAUAUGGCUACCUUAGGGGAUCUCCAUGAAGCCUCAAUUCUUUAUAAUUUAAAGAUUCGAUAUAUAUCGAAUCACAUCUACACAUACGUAGGUUCAAUCCUUGUUUCAGUCAAUCCUUAUAAAUCUAUUCCUGGCCUUUAUGCAUCCGAUCUGAUCGGUUUAUACCAAAAAAUGAGGCUAAGCGAUUUACCACCUCAUGUUUUUGCAGUUGCUAAUGAAAUGUACUGCUGCCUUAUAGAAAAUAGGCGCUCUCAAUGCGCUAUUGUAAGUGGAGAAUCAGGAGCUGGUAAAACCGAGACGACAAAGCAUAUCCUUAACUAUUUGACCUCCAUCAGCCAUAAAAUUCAGGGCGAUUCGUCCUUAACAAAAGGCAAAGUGGAACGGGUAUUAGUGGAAAGCAGAUUUGUUAGAGAAGAGGCUCUCCAUUUGAAAGAUGCGUCACAAUUUCAUUAUUUAAAUCAGAGCGGUUGUAUUAAAGAUGACACAAUUGAUGAUUUAGAAAGCUACAAGGAUGUUAUGUCAGCAAUGCAGGUAAUGUCUUUCAAGGAAGAUGAAAUCAAUGAUAUUUUACAACUUCUUGCUGGUAUUUUACUCAUUGGCAAUACAACAUUUAUGACCUCUGGUGGUGCUCAAAUUGAAGAUGAAUCUGUGGUAUGGCAAGUGGCAGAAUUGCUGGGAUUAGAUCCUUAUGAAUUUACGAUUGCUUUAACUCAAAAACAAAUGUAUCUACGUGGUGAACAAAUUUCUACCCCACUUGAUGUUCAACAAGCUGAAGAUUCUAGAGAUUCUAUGGCAAUGUCGAUCUAUCGGCACUGCUUUCGUUAUAUCAUCUCGCGAAUUAAUUCUAGAAUAGUCUCUGAAGGUGAUCAUAAAUCUAUCGGUGUACUGGACAUCUUUGGCUUUGAAAAUUUUAAAGUGAAUCGAUUCGAACAAUUCAAUAUAAACUAUGCAAACGAAAAAUUACAGAGUUUUUUCAACAAGCAUAUCUUUUCCCUUGAACAGUAUGAAUACAAUCGGGAAGGUAUUGAAUGGUCAGAUAUCAACUGGAUUGACAAUAGCGAAUGUUUGGAUUUGAUUGAAAGAGGAAAUCGCUAUUUCAUCAAACCCAAGGUCAAUCAAGCCAAGUUUGGAGUGAAGCAUUAUGCAGGAGAUUAUGAGAAAGGCAGAAAAGCCCGGCUUGUAUUUCAAGAGUUGCUCUAUAUCAAAAAAUUGGAAGAGGAGAAAAAGCGUGAAGAAGAACGAUUAGCUGCAGAAAGAAAAAGAAAAGAACUAGAAAGGCUAGAACAAGAAAAAAUGUUAAAGGAGUUUGAAGAAUUGAAGCAAAAGAUGGAAGAAGAGGAAAGGUUAAAGAAAGAACAAGAAGAAAGGGAACGUCAAAGACUAGAAGAGGAAAUUAUGAUGGAACUCCAACGUAUUAAGGAGAGAGAAGAAGCUAGGAAAGCUGAAAUGCUAGCUAAAAAGAAAAUUGAAGAAGCUGAACGGAAAAAGCAGGAGGAAAAGGAAAGGCAGCUUGCAGAAGAAGAGGAACGUAAAAAGCAGGAGCUAAAGAAAGAAUUGACAUUAGAAAGUAUCCUACAGGGAGACGGAGAUUUAUACUCUUCUAUUUCAGAUAGAUUUGAGUCGGAAGAGCUAAGUGACGAAGAAGAAUCGGAAUAUGAUGAAAUCAGCAUUAAAGAAUCUGUUAGCGAAUAUUUAGGUUAUGAAGGCUAUUUAUCCAUGAAAGCUGGUAUGAUGAAUAAUUGGAAAAGAAGGUGGGGUGUAUUAACUUCAGACAAUUUGAUGUGGUUUCGAAGUAAACAGACUGUAUUGAAAAGUGGCUGGUUAACUAUCCGUAAUGGGCCUGCAGCUACGGUUUCUAAGAAGCAACCUAGGAGUCGAUGGUUUGUCUUAAAAGAUAAUGUUCUCAAGUACAAAGAAUCGGAUCAGGAUGGAGCUCGAACUGUUGGCAAGAUUGAAAUCAAGUCUAUUACAAAGCUUGAGAGAGAUCCAACAAGUGAUAACUCGCUUAUUGUUACAACGAAAGGCAGUAAAGCACAUUACUUUAGUGCCGACAGCCAUGAGGAUUGCAGUCAAUGGUUAGCAAGUUUACAUUCUGUCAUGGCAGCAGAUGCCAGUGAAGUCAGGAAAGUCGCUGAUGAAACAUCCUACUUCAAAUCUGCACUGGAUGCUCUAGAUAUGGAUGAAAUCUCUUCGGUUUACCCUCAUAGUAUUGCCUCAAAGCCUGGGUCUUUUGCUAUUAUUACAACUGAACGCAUCUAUAAUUUUGUUGCUGAUACUCCUCAGAUAAUGGAAGAAUGGGUAUUAAAUAUACAAAAGGUAAAGGAAUCCUAUCAAACAGAACAUACUGGCUCUGGUUCCGAGGGUAAAGGUUGGUUAUAUCGUGAAAAUCCGACCCAAGGAACAAAGAAAAAAUGCUGGGCCAUUCUUACUUCUAAUGGUAUGGAAUUUUAUAAGAAUCCAGAGAAAGAGAAACUUCGCGUACAGUCUUUAGUCUUCAAUAGUUUAUGUUCGGUAUAUGGUCCUGAAGAAAAGAUGUCUGGAGAUAAUGUUCUAUGGACGUUCACUGUUUACGUACGGCGCCAGGUCCAUUAUUUUUUUACCAAGUUUCAAGAAGAUUCCAUGGCAUGGGUUAAUAGUAUUCAACGGGUUAUUGAUAACAAACCUCGACUGAUCAUGCCGACAGAACGACUGAUUAGCAAAAUAAGGACCAUACACUCUCAUAAUCUGUUUUGCUAUUUCAUUAAAAUCUUUCAAGACUCGAAUGAUGUUGAAAUAGAAGACAUCUAUCGAUCUAAUCCAAUCUUAAAUUAUUCUAAUACAUCCAUUAAAGCACCUCUUUUAGCUUUACCCUAUGGAAAAACUGUUGGUGCCAACGAUAAAAAGAAACGAGGCUAUGGAACGAUUUCGGAGGAAGCAGUAAAAACUUUCAACUCCUUACUGACUAGUGAAACUGUUGGAGAUUAUCUUGCUCUUAUUCAAAGUCAACUGCAAAAGUUUCAUGAUCUGCCAGAGUUACGGGACGAGAUUUAUUGUCAAGUUAUCAAGCAAACAAAUAUAUCAAAUAAUCCUGAUUCCAUUGGUAAUCUUCGUUAUUGGCAGUUUUUAGCCUGUUUAUGCUGCACUAGAGCCCCUUCAAGAAAAUACCUAUAUUACUUAAAAUUUUACCUACAAAGAUCCUUAAAAAGAUUUCCAAAUACUGAAGCUGCUAAAUUUAUGGAAUUUUGCUUAACUGCAUGCACGAAAACCAAACCUAGAGAAUAUCCGCCGGGUAAAGAAGAAAUAAUUGCUAUCUUGGGUCGUCGGCCUAUUUUAACUUACAUUUAUACUUACGGCAAUUCAUCUGUUAAAGCACUUGUUGAUUCAUCCAUUAUCGCUGAUGAGGUUGUUCAACGAUUACGCUUAGGCUUAGGGUUAUCGAAUACAAAAAAUUGCUACGCUCUAUUUGAGAAGUGUGGCACCAUUUACCGUGCUAUUGAUGGUAGAACUGUCAUGACUGAUAUCCUUGCUAAAUUUGAAAUCUAUCGUACGCGAGGUAUUGGAGAAGGGACUAAUCGGUGGCAAAUCUUUUUUAAACCAUAUUGCUUUAUUGAUCUAAAGUCAAUUUCUUGCAUUGCUGAAGAAUUUCUCAUGUUUGAAGAGGCACGCGAAUCCGUCGUUAAUGGCCACUUCUUGAAUUCUGAACCAACAUUGGUUCGUCUUGCUGCAUUGUACCAACAAUUUAAUCAUGGAGACUAUUUUGCUGGAGCUUGGAUUUCAAAUUUAGAAGAAAUUUACCCAAUCAAAAAGUCUGUAGAUGUAUCGAUCAAAAUGGAAGAUCCUCUAUCUAAAUUAAAGAGUAGUCAUGGCUUUGGAUCAUUGGGAGCCUCAUUUAGGAAACAAUCCAAAAUAGUUAAGCCCGAGGAAAACGUAAAUAUAAACUUUCAAGAAAUGACAGAAGACGAAAAAUCUGCUAUUAAAAGUUCUAUUGUGGAAAAAUGGAAACAACUAAAGGGAAUGACUGAAGAUACGGCUUUAGAGCAGUAUAUGGAUAUAAUCAGAACGUGGCCGGGCUCAUCUGCGACCAUUUUCGAUGUUAAGGUUAUUAGUGGCGGCUUUGCUGUUACUAAGGUUUGGUUGGCUAUUGGCUAUGAGAACAUUACAAUCUAUAAAAGAGGAGAAUCGGUUGCAUUAUCGACUAUGGAUUAUAAUGGAAUUACUUGGUCUGGCAUAGAAUCCAAUAGUAACUAUAAGAUCAUAAUCGAUAAAACUAAAUCUAUUAUAUUUGAAACCAAUCAGGUUGCUGAGAUUGCAAAAUUAAUUAAAGUAUGCCACGAAAUGCGCCGAAAACGAAUUAGCCAAAUCAUAAAUUUGCAAAUUUUAACAUCAAUAUAA